GGAAAGUGAUGUGUUGUUAAAUAUCUUUUGGCAAGAUGUCGGGCCACGACCAGUUGGUUCUCUGUUUGUGUGAAUUAACAAGGUUGUUGUGGAAGUUGCUGCUGCCGCUGGUGUUUCUGUGCGUGCUGUUGAUCGCCGUCCUGGUCCUGCUGGUGCUGGCGGUGCGCUUCUGGCUUCAGAGCAGCAGGAACGCUCGGCGGGCGAGGGACGGACGGCCCACGGUGGCCUUCUUCCACCCCUACUGCAAUGCAGGUGGUGGGGGAGAGAGGGUGCUCUGGUGUGCUAUCAGGGCGCUGCAGAACAGGUACGUGGACAUCAAUUUCGUGGUGUACACAGGUGACCUGGGAGUGACCGGCCAGCAGAUCCUGGAUGGAGCACGACGUCGAUUCAACAUCGUGCUCCCCCGCCCGGUUCAGUUUGUGUUCCUGAGGCACCGGCUGUUGGUGGAGCCCGGCCUGUUUCCUCACUUCACCCUGCUGGGACAGAGCGUGGGCUCCAUCUUCCUGGGAUGGGAGGCGCUGACCGAGUUUGUCCCAGACCUGUACAUCGACUCCAUGGGCUACGCCUUCACUCUGCCUCUGUUCCGCUACUUGGGAGGCUGCAGCGUGGGGAGUUAUGUGCACUACCCCACCAUCAGCACUGACAUGCUGUCUGUGGUGAGAGAGAGGAACCCCAGGUUCAACAACCCAGACUACGUGACCAACAGUCUGUUCCUGAGUGCCUUCAAGGUGGUCUACUACUGCCUGUUCGCUCUGCUUUACGGCAUGGCUGGCUCCUGCAGCGACCUCAUCAUGGUCAACUCCUCCUGGACCCUCGAUCACAUCCUGUCGCUGUGGCGCGCCCCCAACCGCACCUGCGUUGUCUACCCGCCUUGUGACGUCAGCGCGUUCCUGGACAUCCCACUGGAGGAGGACAGGGACAGGAAGUGCCACUCGAUCGUGUCCAUUGGGCAGUUCAGGCCAGAGAAGGACCACAGGCUGCAGAUCAGAGCCUUCAAGAAGGUGCUGGACAGGAGGAGGGAGGGAGCGGGUGGCAGGGAGGCGCUGAAGAUGGUUCUGAUUGGCGGAUGCAGGAACCAGGAGGACGAGGACAGGGUGCUCAUGUUGAGGGGGCUGUGCCAGGAGCUCGGUGUGGCCGACAGGGUGGAGUUUAAACUGAACGUGCCCUUCGAUGAGCUAAAGAGAGAGAUGGGAGAAGCCACCAUCGGACUGCACACCAUGUGGAACGAACACUUUGGAAUAGGCGUGGUGGAGUGUAUGGCAGCAGGAAAGGUCAUUCUGGCGCACAAGUCUGGCGGUCCCAAGCUGGACAUUGUGGUACCAUUCGAGGGAGGACAGACAGGCUUCCUUGCUGAGGACGAGGACAGUUACGCGGAGGCUAUAGAGAAGAUCUUGACACUGCCGCCUGCCAACCGGAUGGACAUCAGACGCAACGCACGUCAGUCCGUGGCUCGAUUCUCAGAUCAGGAGUUUGAAGCCAGCUUCCUUGCUGCAAUGGAGCCUCUGAUGGGGACACUUGAACGAUGAGACGAGGACUAAGUCUUUGUGUGCGUGUACAGUUAACGGGAUAGUAGCUGUUUGCCACUUUGAGCACCUUUAUAAUGAUGCAGGACUGAAUUUACGCUGUAGGACUGGUGACAAUAUCUGAUUAUUACUGAUGCAGAGAUGGUCGAGGGCUGUUGGAAUUACUCUGCUUUUUGUUUUUUUUCACUGGUGAGUCAAGAAAGUUUUCUCAGAAGAAUGUCCGAGCACAGUUUAAAUAUAUGACGCGAUAUCAGAGUUUUUUUCAGGUGAAUUUAGGUACAGAUAGAAUCUAAUUCUGACCAGGCAGCAGUGACAAUAUCAGGUCUUUGCCUCUUAGUCCAGCUACAGAAAAUUGUGUUGUUCUGUUAAAGUUGUGUUUGUUAAUACUAGAUUAUCCUGUGAAAUUACAGUUCAAGUUAAUUUCUUACAGGACACAUUCCUUGUCAGUAGUUUAAUUAAGAAGAAAUGCAUUUAUAUUUAAUAUGGUAAAAAUGGCUGAGGGGAACAAAUCAGACAUCUGAGCAAUGUAACGGGACUAAACGCAAACAUAUUUAUUGUUUACAAGAACAAGAACUCUCUACAUGCCCAAAAUGUGAAGUAUUUUUGAUAUUAUGAAUGUAAUAAAGAUAUGACGGGAGGAAAGC